UUGUUAUGUAUUUGUAGUUGCGCAAUGAACUCUUUCAGUUGCGUUAGUGUCCUGUUUACCGCUCACAUAUUAAACGGUAUUAACCGAAGCUAUAAAGCAAAAAUAAACUCAGUUCAAAAUGCAGCUUUACACUAAAAUUUCUACCUCAUAUCAUGGGUGAUUUGGACAGAAGUUUGACAUCUAUGGACUGGUUACCUAGACUCAAUGUUAGAGGGUCUCUGAAUGGUUCAGAUACACCUGAUGGAAGUGUUGUGUCGUGUGAAAGUAGCAGAAACUGCCGUCAGAAAGAUGGAAAACCUCCUUAUAGCUAUGCGACUUUAAUAUCUUACGCUAUUAAUAGUUCACCCUCCAAAAAAAUGACUUUAAAUGAAAUUUAUAAUUGGAUAUGUUCAAAUUUUCCAUAUUAUCGAGAAGCUGGUGACGGCUGGAAAAACUCCAUACGGCAUAACUUAUCUCUGAAUAAGUACUUCCGGAAAGUUCCUCGUCCAAAAGAUGAUCCUGGAAAGGGUUCUUAUUGGGCGAUUGAUCAUGCGCCAUCCGAUACAGAUGACACUCGUCGAAGGAAGUGUAGGCAGAGGGACAAGAUUUUUCCUUACAGUCCUGAUAGCAGCUCAAGUAACAGCUUAUCUAGUCCUGUUCAUUGCCAUCAAAUGGCUCCUGUAUGUUCUCAACCUAGUCAUCAAAUGACAGUUCAUUUAAAUACAGAUAGAACAAAUGUGUCCAAUUCUCAUCCUGCAUUCCAUGACAUGGGUCAUUGCUCUGCUCAUAUGCUGCCUUCAGAAACAGUCAGCAGUUGUUGCAAUCAAAAUCACAAUCAGCAUUUUAAUGGAAAUUCGUCCCAUUCACAGGUUGCUGACAGAUUAUCAACAGCAGAUUUUGUGCAAAGUUUGGACUGGCUGCGAGAAAAUGCAAAAAUGGCAGGAAAUGGCAGCUUGCCAAGCAAUGAUUUGCCACAAUAUCAUGCAAAUGAGAAAAUAUCAGCUGUAGAUUUUAUGCAGAGCUUGGAUUGGUUAAGAGAAAGUGCAAAGAUGUCGAGCAAUGGCUGCCUGCAGGACAUAGAUAUGUCGCAAUUUCAAGCCAUGAUGGAUAGCAUCAAAGCAAAGGAUCCUGCUGUGUCCCUUUUGUCUCAAGAUCAACUGGCAGAUUUAAAUUCUUCUCUGAAUGCUUUGUUUUCCCAAUCAGGUGUUAUGCAGCCUAUUCCUCCAUCUACAACUAGUACUAUGCAGCCUUGUUAUAACAGUCCAUGUUUGGACACAACUUAUUCUAGAGAUUCAUGCAUGCUUUCAUCUGUUCAGAACUCUAACAAUUCACCACAUGCAUUUUCUGCUGAAAGCAGCAAUUUAUCUUAUCAUUCACCAGCCGAGACAAGUCCAGUGCCAUUGCCUUCUCAUGUUUCUCUUAAUUCUUCUUCAGUUCAUACUCCUGAUUCAUGUACAGGAGAUGAUAAUGAUGAUAUUGAAGAUGACUUUAACUGGGAUAAAAUUUUGUAAAAUAUGUUAAAGCCAUGUGUAUUCAUAUUAAGCUUUUAAAAUUAUUAGUGUUAAAAAUUUUAAAUCCUUUAUAAUGUUUAUUGUUGCUAUAAGGCCAUGCAUUCAUUUGCCUUUUUUAACAAGCAGUAUAUAUAAAUCAUGUUCUUAAGCUUUUGUACUUAAUAUGCAUAGUGAGAUUUUAUCAUUAUAAUUUGUUUUAGUUUUUUUAAUGAAUCUGAAUCAUAAUUUUUGCAAAAGCAACUUAAGAAGAAUGUUAUUUUAUGUGGAAGUAGUAUAUUUUUGUUUUGCAUGAUUGCUAUAAUAAAAAAAUUUUUAAAGCAUUAUAUUUUUCCAGUUAAACAUAAGUUUUCCUAAGUUUAUGCAUUUGGACAGUAUUGCAUUGUCAUUUUAUUUGUUAUUUAUAUUAUGAAUAUUGCUAAUGUUUUAUCUCUAGGGGUAAAUUUCCAUUUAUAAAUAUACUAUUGAAAGUUGUUAACAAUAUAUCAUGUUUGAGCAAAAGUUCCUAUUUAAUGUUAACUCUUUAAAAGAAUGAAAAGUAUUUCACUAUCAGUGCAGAGCUUCUUUGCUCAAAAUUGUGAACUGUGUUUAAUAAUUUAUAAUUAGGAAUUAUGAUAAAAUUAAACUGUUCUAAAAAUAAAAUAUUUAAAAGGCUGUUUGAUUAUAACUUUACAGGAAUUAUAUUCUGGCAACAUGUGUUACCAUAUCAUUAUAGUAUUGUCAUAUUUUAGGUAGCCGUUAAUUGUUUUAAAAAUUAACUACUUUUUAACUGGAAUGUGUGAUGAUUUUAGUAUAUUUUUUAAAUUGCUACUGUAUUAAUUAGAACUUUGGAAUGCUUAUUAAGAAUUCCAAAGUUUAUCACACAGUUAAAAUGUUUAAAACUGAAAAAUAAAAAUUUUAAGAGAUAGACUGUUCAAAUUAUCUGUGAAAGUUAAAAAAAUAAUAUAAACAAAUGUUGACUUAUAUUUUUGUGUCUUUUAUUUAAUUUUGUAAUAUUUUUUUUUCUUUCUGUUAAA